ACCACGCAGGGUUCUAGGCUAACUCCGGGGCGCUUGUGGUUUGGCUUCUGGUCCAGCCAGUCCCGCGUGGACCGGUCAGCUCCACGUCAGCUCCUGGUUGGCAGGUGCACGCAGCCGGAGGCGAGAACCGAGGGGGCGCGCGCGGUGGGCGGGGGCCGAGAAUGUACAGUUCCGGGCGCAUGGCACCCACCGCCCAGUCGCCGCGGUGGCUGCUGGGAUGCGCCGCAGCGAAUGGUCGCGCCGGGCGCCGCUCGGAGUGACAUUUCACCCGCGCCCAGCGGUCCCGGGCGGCGGCACAAGACGGAAGCCAUGGCGGAGGCGGCGGCUGCAGCGGGCGGGACGAUCGCGGGCGCGAGCUCCGGCUCUGCAGCUGACCGGGACCAGGACCCGGACCGCGCCGGGCGGAGGCUGCGGGUUCUCUCGGGCCAUCUGUUGGGCCGGCCCCGGGAAGCUCUGAGUACCAAUGAGUGUAAAGCGCGGAGAGCCGCGUCGGCGGCCAUGGCGGCGCCCACGGCCACACCCGCCGCUCAGGAGUCCGGCAUCAUCCCCAAGAAACGGCAGGAAGUUAUGAAAUGGAAUGGAUGGGGAUAUAAUGAUUCCAAGUUCAUCUUCAAUAAGAAGGGCCAAAUUGAAUUGACUGGGAAAAGGUACCCUCUUAGUGGCAUGAUUUUACCAACUUUUAGAGAGUGGAUCCAGAAUAUCCUUGGUGUAAAUGUGGAGCAUAAAACUACCUCUAAAGCAUCCUUAAAUCCUAGUGAUGCACCUCCUUCUAUUGUAAAUGAAGAUUUUCUUCAUGAACUUAAAGAAACUAAUAUUUCAUAUUCACAAGAAGCAGAUGAUCGGGUAUUUAGAGCUCAUGGUCAUUGUCUUCAUGAGAUAUUUUUGCUCAGGGAAGGAAUGUUUCAGCGAAUUCCUGAUAUAGUCUUAUGGCCAACAUGUCAUGAUGAUGUAGUUAAGAUUGUGAAUCUAGCAUGCAAAUAUAACCUUUGUAUCAUACCAAUUGGUGGAGGAACAAGUGUUUCAUAUGGCCUGAUGUGUCCUGCAGAUGAGAGAAGAACAAUUAUUUCUUUGGACACUUCACAAAUGAAUCGAAUUCUUUGGGUUGAUGAGAAUAAUCUGACAGCUCAUGUAGAGGCUGGCAUAACAGGACAAGAAUUGGAAAGACAGCUUAAAGAAAGUGGUUAUUGUACAGGUCAUGAACCAGAUUCUCUGGAAUUCAGCACUGUGGGAGGAUGGGUAUCUACUCGGGCAUCAGGCAUGAAGAAGAAUAUCUAUGGCAAUAUUGAGGACCUGGUGGUUCAUAUAAAAAUGGUAACACCUAGAGGUAUAAUAGAAAAAAGCUGUCAAGGACCUCGUAUGUCAACAGGCCCUGAUAUCCAUCACUUCAUCAUGGGAUCUGAAGGAACUCUUGGUGUAAUAACGGAAGCGACAAUAAAAAUCAGACCAGUCCCUGAAUACCAAAAGUAUGGCUCUGUAGCUUUCCCUAAUUUUGAACAAGGAGUAGCCUGCUUAAGAGAAAUUGCAAAACAGAGAUGUGCUCCUGCAUCUAUUCGCCUCAUGGACAAUAAACAGUUUCAGUUUGGUCAUGCUCUUAAACCUCAGGUUUCCUCUAUUUUUACAUCAUUUUUGGAUGGAUUAAAAAAGUUUUAUAUCACAAAGUUUAAAGGAUUUGAUCCAAAUCAGCUAAGUAUAGCCACGUUAUUAUUUGAGGGGGACCGUGAGAAGGUUCUUCAACAUGAAAAACAAGUGUAUGACAUUGCUGCAAAAUUUGGUGGGUUGGCAGCUGGAGAAGAUAAUGGACAGAGAGGUUAUUUAUUGACCUAUGUCAUUGCAUAUAUUCGAGACUUGGGUUUGGAAUACUAUGUAUUAGGAGAAUCUUUUGAGACCUCUGCUCCUUGGGACAGGGUUGUAGAUCUCUGUAGAAAUGUAAAAGAAAGAAUAACAAGGGAAUGCAAAGAGAAGGGUGUUCAAUUUGCUCCUCUUGCCACAUGCAGGGUGACGCAGACUUACGACGCAGGUGCAUGUAUCUACUUCUAUUUUGCCUUCAACUACAGGGGAAUUAGUGACCCACUGACUGUGUUUGAACAAACUGAGGCAGCUGCUAGAGAAGAAAUCCUCGCCAAUGGAGGGAGCCUGUCACAUCACCAUGGAGUGGGCAAGUUACGGAAGCAGUGGCUAAAGGAAAGUAUCUCUGAUGUCGGCUUUGGGAUGCUGAAGUCUGUCAAGGAGUAUGUGGACCCCAAUAACAUCUUUGGAAACAGAAACCUUUUAUAAAUCGAUUAGUAUCGUUUAAAAAAAGGUCACUUUUUUUUAAAAAGCCUUCGACUAUGGUUAUACCAGUAAUCAAAUAUAACAUGGACUAUAUUUUGGCUACAUUUGUUUGUUGAUUUAAAAUAAGUGUGUUUUCAUUCUGUAGUUUGUUUUGUUUCUACAUCUAUGGAUUGACAGAUGGUAUUUCUAAAUCUCUCUCAUUGUAGGUAUAUCAGUUUACAACCCAACUGGUUGUCAUUUCAAAUUUUAGUCAAGCAGUUCAAGACUGUCAGUUAUUUUGGAGGAAGGUGCUGCUAGCUGUUUUGUAUUGAUGCUUCCUCUUGGGGAACAAAGGCAGAUUUUGGUGUCAUCUAUUGCUCAUCUAAUAUCUUUUUAAAAGAACAUUCUGGGAAGCAGUUAUCUAGGGAAGGAGAUUCCGCUGAGGAGUGAUACAUAUACAUGUUUAUUAAGAGCCUAUUCUAGUGUGACUAGGCCAUUAAGGGAAUAUAUUCAUGAAAGAGUAGAGAGAAUAGUUCAUUUAGAAUGGUUUUGGUUUUAUAAGGUGCUUGGCCUACAUUUUUAUUUGAAAUUACUAAACAGGUAUAAAACUGUAAAUCAUCAGUAUACAAAUUAUUUUGUUAGGGGACAUCUUUUUCUCUGCUUCUAUUUCUUCUGAGAAAUGAGCUGUUUUGUAUCACUGAGAUAACCUAUUGUUAUAUCCAAGUUCGUUUAUAGUAUGUUUUGUAAGAAAAGAUGACUUAACAUUCAUUGUAAGUGAAGAACAAGGGUUACCAGGAAAGGAACACCUUUAUUUAACUGAGAGUCCUGCUGUUUCUGAUUUCACAUUCUUGUUGCUGAGAUGCAGAAGAAGCUACAAUGGGCAGAAGGAAGUCUUUACGCAUGAUGCCUUCAGUUGGAAGAAUGGUUUGUCUGAAAAAACAUCAUUUGGCUUUUGAAUUUGAAAGCCUCAAAAGUUUCAGUGACAACUUUAUUUUUUAAACUAACUCAAACAGCAUGAUAAAUUUUCAUAUAAAAUUAAAUUGUCGAUUUAGUUUUUAAUAAUGGUUUAAUGCCUUUUUGAAUUACUGGUUUAACCUAAACUUUUAAAAGAACGUAAUGUAUUAUUGCAUAUCCACGUAUCAUAAUCAGAAGUUUGAGAUAUCUUAUUUCUUAAAUAAUGACAUUAAUCAUAUUUAGCAAGCAUUUUUACAUUUAAACCUGGAUAUUAAAAUAAGAGAAAUGAUUACUUUGAAUCACUGUCUGUCAAGGUUCAUGAUUCACAUUUUGAGAUGGAUUCUUUUCUUAAUGCAAUACCUAACUUUUGAUAAUUUUUUAAAAUUAAUAUUUGAUCAGAUAAUGUAAGUCAAAAUGCAGAUGAUCCUUUAAAAGGACACUCUGUGUAGCAACAGCUCCAAAGUAUUUUUGGGCAGUUUGAUACCUUUUCUAUCUGAAAUAGCCUUAACCAGAAAAAUGAAAAUUUAAAAUUGACAAAAUGAUAUUUUUAAAACUUCAAAAUGAUAAAUAAUUUUUAACUAUUAAAAUUGGCCUCAAACUAAUAAACUUUAAUCUGUAAGCAAAUCAAAAUUAAAUAUUAGUUUAACAACAAAAACUAAAUAAUUAUUUUUUAGAAGCUGCCUCUCUUCAUUGGUGAUGUAUUUUUUUCUUUUUUUUGCAGUUUUUGGCCGGGGCUGGGUUUGAACCUGCCACUUCCAGCAUAUGGGGCCGGCGCCCUACCCUUUUGAGCCACAGGCGCCACCCGGUGAUUUAUUUUUAAUUCUAAAAUUUUCAGGAGAUCUUUGCUUGAAACCCUUAAUAUUUGAAAUGGAUAUUUGAUGAGAAAAUUGCCUCUAGAAUUAUAACAAUCUCAGCUUUAUAAAAUGCAUCUAUUCAUGAAGGUAAUUUCUCUAAUUGGUGAUCAAAAUACAAAAUUUAAUAAGGUACUAGUAUCUCACUGGAAGUAUAUACAUGUUUCUGAGAAGUUUUUUAAAAUAAAAUAGAUUCAUAAGUAGAUUCAUUCCCUUGCAUGUGAUUGUUACAACAUUCUCUUCCAGAGAGUUCAGAUUUCAGCAGCCUUGGAAAUCUGUAUUUGUUAUUAGGAAACUAUAAAUGUAACAUCUGAAAUUAACUGUGUUCACUAUUGUACAUGAACCUUAAGGAAAAUGGUGGUUUAUGUCUUUGUUUUUCAGUGUAUGCAGGAUUCCCAACUUUGAUUUUAUAAUAACAACUACAUUUUGUAGUUGGAGUCAUUUCUACAGGGAACAUUUUCAAACAUAAGAACAUUCAUCGGUACCCUGUUGCUCUGACGUAGUAAAUUAGAAAGCUUUUCCCCCACUUUUAUACACCCACUUCUGGGAGGUGCCUCAAUAUAGACUUAGUGUCUGUGGAGGACAGAGUUCAUGAAUAUGCACAGAAGCACUUAAACCAUGCCUCUUACUUCUGAAGUAUAUGAAAAUGGCUUCAUAAAAGCUAAAGUCAGGAGAACAUUAUGUGAGCCUUCUUAACUCAUUUUGAAUAAGUUUAUUUAAAAUUUUUUAAAAGCCCAUAUGUAGUCUAUUUGGUUUUCAGUACUGUGUAACACUUCUCUUUCUUAAAUUAGUCAUAUUUGUAAUAUUUUACUUAAAUUUGAUGAUGUUACAUUUGGAAUGGGGUUUCAGUGGGAAUGGAAACGUGCUGCUAGUGAGAAAUGGCUUUGAAUACUAGAGACUCAAUAUGAACAGGCUUUACUGACCUUUAGAGAAACUGUUGCCUUAAUGUUUGGUGCAAUUUAUAGUAAUACAUAAGUGAAUUUAGUCUUACAAUAAAUCACUUGAGCAUUUUUUAGUUUGGUAAGAAUCAUGGAAGUCACAUGUUCAUUGUCCCCAUCAUUUUACAUAAGGAGGAUUAGAUUCAUUCUUCUUCUGAGGAAUUAGGAGUUUUCUUAAUUCCUCGAAGUACUUACAAAUUAUAAUACUAUUACUUAAAAGUUAUUUAUGAAGCUAGAAGCCUUACAAUGUGCUUAGUUGUAUAUUUUGAAAACAAAAGCCCAAUAAAGGAUGAGCUUCCAUCAGUGUGUGUACUAUCCUACAUACAAAUGGUUGCAAGGAAGCCCCCUCCCUCCGAAUAUUCUGUUAAUAACUGCUAAGUCCUAGCUUGCAUUUUUCAAAAUGCCUUUCUGCAUGUUGGCCCCCAGCAGUCUUCCUUUGUCACAUUCUUUAAUAGCUACAAUUUAACUGUAGCUUAACAGAGAUACUUUGUAAUCUUAAGUUGAAUUGUGUUCCUUUGGCUUUUCAAAAUAGGGCUGGGUUUGGUUGAGUCUAUUCCAUAUAAAUAUCAGAAAACAGUUAUUUACUAUACAGAUCGAUUUGCAAACUGCAUGUGCUGGCGCUUGAGUCAGCCAAAAUGGAAUGCUGCAGAAAGCUCAUCUUUAUUUUAAGAAACACAGAGACAGGAAUUAAGGACAACUUUAAUAACUUGGUUUAUCAUUUACUCUUCAGCAACUUUGACUUUAAUUAGGACUUAGCUCAUGGUGGGGAAAAGUGAAAAGUAACAGUACCAGUUUAGGAUAGAGGAAUUCAGAGUGUUUCAUCUUUGGUUUAUGAGUUAUGAAAGCUUGACUUUGUUCUAGGCUUCCUGUUCCCAAAUGAGCCAUAUGUCAUUAUAUUCCCUCAAUUCUUAUCAAUUUCAGUUUGCUGAAAAGGAAACAAUUUAUACACUGAGUCUAAAAUCCGAAAGCGUAAAGGUUUUCUUAAACUGUUGAAAUACAGUAUCUGCUAUAAAGGAUGUUACUCAGCUUUCUGCUCCUAAGCCAAACAGUAUUUGUCUUCAAUGUGAAAUUUAACUGUAAAAAUUACUUAUAAUGUCAAGAGAUUAUAGAAACAUAUUGUUAAUAAAAUGGACCUGGGUCUAAGAUUUAUUUUUAUUCUUCAAAGGGGAGUGUGAAGCUGUUUAUUCUUCUGUUUACACUCGGGUUUUUCUUUCAACUUUAGUUUUUCAUCUUCUUAUUUCCACUGAUACGAAAAUAAUUCUUUUCAUGAUUUUAUUGAUGUAGCAUAAUCAAGUGUAACCUAUGACUAAAUUCUUUGCAUUUAUAGCUAAGGCUAUUUUUUAAUUAAUGUUAUAUUCCUAGGAAGUGUUUAGUCUUCUGUGAACCUGAAGCAUUCACUUUUGAACCUGGUAAGGUCCUCAAAGAAGGAACACUGUUGUCCUCUUCUAACCAUAGUAAAUUCCGUAACAAACAAGAGUAAGGACCACUGAUGCAUAGAACACUCAAGCCAAAGAAUCACCACAGAAUUUAGUAAUUUUAGUUCUGUGAACAUGAAAAGAUUUCUUUUUUGGUUCCCAAAGGAGAAUAUAUAUGUUUUUCAGCAAGGAAGAAAAAUAAUACGUUAAGUAUCAUUAAGAACAUUUUUCAGAGACUGAAUUCCAAAUCUGAGCUGGGAAAGGAACAAAAAAUAGGGUGACUUUGUAAGCGACAUGUAUGUUUUUAAGGCAUCUUACCAGUUGACAGUAUUUUUCAUGAAAACCACAUGCACCUUAUAAAACAUGUUUUUAACCCUUAAUGUAAUCUUGUUUGCAUAUCUAAAAAGGACAUGAAAUGCUUGUACUGGUAUACAGAUCCUAUAAGUAGUUAAUUUUGAGCUACUUACACAAUAUCCCCAAAAGCUCACAGUGCCUUGUUGGGAUUUUUUUUUCCCCCAUGGAAAAGCCAUUAUUUAAAUUGAGUGGGGGAGGAUAUGUCUUUAAAGAGAGGUAGUCAGCAGUUCAAGGCUAGUCCUCUUCAAGAACAUAUCAGGAUUAAGUAGUGGCAUGUGGAAACACUGAUAAUCCUUUCCAUGCUGUUGGUUCGGAUCAUUAUUCCUGCAUAUUUAACUCCGUUUAUGGUAGACGUGUACUCAGAUGUACAUCUAAUCAUUCAGUGGGAUUUGUAUGUACUUUGCAUUCCUACAUUUUCAUCCCUACUGUCCCAACCUAGUAGCCCUACGAUGUGGCUUGGUGAAUGGCACUGAGCCUUGAGACACUCACUACAUGCUUCUGGAUGUUUGCCCCGAGCCUGAGGGAGGCUUCUAUUCCGAAUGGUGUGUGUCAGUCCUUUUUUGUUUGAUGGUGCCUUCAGAAUAAUGAAUAAUAUUUCUGUUUCUGGACAGUGAUAAAUCUUAUGAGAAAUAUGUGUAAGUUAUAUAGUUUCUGUCCUUUUUAGCUAAACCUGUGAAAUACUUUGGCUCUGAUACAACUUGACUUGAAUAAUAUCAUACCCUGGGUCUUCCUCCAAGGCAGUACAUAUUUCUGCCAGUACUGUAGUAAUCUUUUGAGAACUACAUGUGGGUAAGCACUCGUAUGUAAGCCAUUAUCCUGCUGUAGCUAAUGCAUACAAACAGUUCUUCUCCUUACACUUAUAGUCUAAAAGCAGAUAUGUAGUGGGAAGGAAAUUCCCAACAGUUUCCAGCAUAGCUUUGUCAAUUCAGACUGAGCCAUACUGUUUCCCACAAGGGCUCAACACACAGCCUGUUGACCGUGCUUUCAGUGUAUGUUCAGAUUCUCCUUUUAUUGGUUUUCCUAGACUGUACUGUUGUAUAAGCAAAUGCCCAUGUGUGAUUUUUAUGAUGUGCUGGGGAAGAAUAAAACAAUACCACAACCAC